GUAGGGGUGGGGCGGGGCUUGCUGUGCGCUGGGCUCGCCCUCCUCGGGCGGCGGCGGCGGCGGCGGCGAGAUGCGGUCGGUGAGCUCGGUGCGGCGCCUGGUGCUGGACUUCGCGGGCGGCAGCCUGUUCCCGCACGCCGUGUGCCUGGGCGACGCCGACAACGACGCGGUCGGUGCGGGCGGGGGAGGGCGGGCGGGCGGGGGGGGGUCAGCCAAGGGGCAGCUCACCGCUCACCGCCUCCCUCCCCCCCCCCCCCCCGUGCCGCAGCUGAACGAUUAAGUGGUAUGCGACCUUGGCGGGAAGGUGCUCUAUUCACAAGAGUAAGCCACGAGAGCGUAGUCUCCAGCGCUGCGCCUCUGCCACGGCAUGCUCACCUGUGUUGGUGUUGGAGAUGUGUGCAAUAAAGGAAAGAACCUGAUUGUUGCAAUGAGUGCCGAAGGCUGGUUUCAUCUGUUUGACCUCACUCCCCCACCUGUGAAGCACCUGGAUGCCUCUGGCCACCACGAGCCCCCAACAACUGAGGACCAGAAGCUGGGAUUCAAGCAGCACAUUCCUGCCAACACCAAAGUUAUUUUGAUCAGUGACAUUGAUGGAGAUGGGAAGAAUGAGUUGGUGGUGGGCUAUACAGACCGUGUCGUGCGAGCCUUUCGCUGGGAAGACUCACCUGAGAGUUCAGAGAAUAUUUCUGGUCAACUGGUGCUGCUCAAGAAGUGGCUGCUAGAUGGACAGGUAGACAGCCUGUCUGUGAAUCCAGGCCCUGAUGGUGCUCCCGAGAUGAUCAUUUCUCAGCCUGGCUGUGGCUACGCAAUCCUUCUCUGCACUUGGAAAGUGGGUCACCAGCAACCGGCAGAGGGGGAGGCAGACAGUGCUGCCGCUGGCCGGGAAACCCCAGUUCGGGAUGUGAUUGUCCAUCAGACAUCAGGUAGAAUUCAUAACAAGAACGUUUCAACUCAUCUUGUUGGCAACAUUGGCAGAGGGGGUACCAAACAGCGCAGUGGCUCAGGCCUGUUUGCACUCUGCACAUUGGAUGGAACACUGAAGCUGAUGGAAAGAGCAGAUAAGCUGCUGUGGUCAGUUCAGGUCGACCACCAACUUUUUGCUCUAGAAAAACUGGAUGUUACCGGAAAUGGCCACGAGGAGGUGAUUGCUUGUGCAUGGGAUGGUCAGACGUAUAUCAUAGACCACAGCCGGACAGUUGCCAGGUUCCAGGUUGAUGAAAAUGUGAGCGCCUUUUGUGCAGGUCUGUAUGCCUGCAAGGGAGGCCGCAAUAGUCCUUGCCUGGUCUAUGUCAGCUUCAACCAGAAGAUCUAUAUCUACUGGGAUGUCCAGUUGGAGAGAAUGGAGUCCACCAGUCUGUCGAAGAUGCUAGAUAGCAAUUCUGAAUACACAGAACUCCUGCAGCAGCUGGGCGUGGCUGAAGAUGAUGUUUCUGCUAUCAAAGAUCUGAUUCACAAGACCCUCUACUUUCCGGAACAUCCGUCAAAUAUUCAUCGACAGCAGAAGCCUCAGGCCAAAGCGGACUCCAGCUGCCACACAACCCCCCAAGCAUCCUGACGGGUCAACUGUGCUGCUGCUCCUCUCUCGUCAGCCACUGUUCCCGGGGCCAGAGUGGCUGAGCAACAUUCAGAAGGUGGAUGUCACAGAGUGGAGCCACCGGCAUUGAUUCCAGAGGGAAGGGAAACGCCUCUCGCUGUCAUGCUUGUCACUGUUUACAUUGACUCCUCUUUUUUUUCCUCUUUCACACAAAUUUGAAUUGUAAAAAUUGAAGUGUACAAAAAAGACAGUAAUUAAAUCAGGGCACAAAACUAGUUCUACGUCCCGAAGUGUGAAAACAGACUGGGGAAAACCAAGAGGUUGUUAAAACUGAAAUUCAUAUUCUAACUUAAAGAACUUAAAAUUUGAAAAAUAGUAAAGUUUAAAAGGGUGGGGAGGGUUAUAUUUUAGCAUUAUAGACUCCAACUUAAUAUAAUCUCACUUGAGAACCAACUGUUGUUUCAAAGGUCAGAAUCCCACCCUUAAUUGGGUCUAAGUCUGAAAUGGCGAUCCCCUCCCCAAAUGUGAAGCUGAAUUGAAAAGGAAAAUUAGCCCACGUGUUUCAGCACUGAACCUGAUGCGCCCCCUCCUCCGUCAUGCAGCGCUUCUCCUGCACUUGGUCUCCAGGGAGCCUCAAGGAAGGUAAUAGCCAAAAGCUGCUGAGGGGAAAAUGGGCAGUAGAAAUGAAGACUUGUGCUGACCCCAUUUCUCUUCAUCACAAACUGAUGUGCACAGAUACUUGACUGGGGAGGCUCAUAAGAGAGGGGAGCGCCCGAGGGGAGCACCCAUGAAGAUUCCACAGUGGCCCUUGAGGCAAAUCGGUUGGGCUGGGCAGUUGCAGUAAAAGUGCCCGGUGUUUAUACUUGGAGCAGGGGUGAAUGGGUAGCAACUUGAGGCUCCUCUUCAAGGAUGAGUGUGAUUUGAUGAGGAAUUUGUUGACGUUCCAGGGAAAAACCACAAUAUGAAGGUAUCCUAGUUGAAGAAUCAUUUUGCAGAAUCUAAUCCAGACUCUUGAGAAGUGCCUCCAUAUUAACACAACCCUACUCAGGAACCAGCAGGAAAAGGGGAUGUUUGGGACAGGAAUCUUAGGGACCCUUCUGCCGUGUUAGGAAUGAGAUUUUUUUAGUAGUAUUGUGCAUUUAUGAAUCCCAAGUCCUGGAAAGCUCUUUUGGAAAUGCCAUUGGUGGAAAAAUAUUUUGUAGUAUUGUGAUAUAAUAAAGCUGGAUUCUUAUUUGUGAAAAAGAAACACAGACAAAA